UAAUGAUUUAGAAUUACAAAAUAAUAUUCAAAAUCAAGCAGCAUACGGUUUUUACCAAAAAACAUUUGAGCCUGAACUUUAUAAUCUAGAAAAUGAUGGUGAAUUUGAGGAUUGGUCGGGAAAUAAUAAUAGGUUAGGAAAUGUCAACGGACUUGAGAAUAGGUUCGAAUGUGCUAAUGAAUUUGAAAAUGAAUUUGAAAAUGGAUUGGACUGUGAUGAUGAAUUCGAAGGUAUCGAUGAAUUUGAAAAUGGGUUAGACUGUGAUGAUGAAUUCGAAGGUGUUGAUGAAUUUGAAAAUGGGUUAGACCGUAAUGAUGAAUUCGAAGGUAUUGAUGAAUUUGAGAAUGAGAUGGAAUGUGAUGAAUUUGAAGGUAUUAAUGAAUCUGAGAAUGGUUCAGUAAUUGAUGAAUUUGAGAAUUGGUCAGAAAGCGAUAGUAGCGAUUCAAGUAUAGCUAGUUCAACUUUAAUAGAUAAUGAAGAGAAUAUCCCUUUUAUAUCCUCUGAACUUGCCGCAGUAAUUCGACUUCUUAAGGUUAAAGCACAGAAUAACCUUACCGAUGAAGCCUUUAGUGAAAUUAUGAAAGCCGUAAUAACAAACCCGAUGAGCUUAUAUAUGAUCAAAAAAAAAUUAUCAUCAUUAGUUUCAUUUAAACCUGUGUGGAUAGACAUGUGCAUUAAUACUUGUUGUGCUUAUACUGGUAAUUAUAGCA